UUUGACUUUGACAGUGCCGUCCACACACAAGUUGAAAAUAUUGUUUUGUUGCUCAUGUUCACGUUUUAUUUAACCUAAACCUUGAUUUUUAACUUAUAUUUAAAUAAGAUAAUCAUUACAAUAUUUUAAUAAACAAGAAAAGCUGAACUUAUAGAGCAGUUUCAUAUAAAAACGUCUAUAUUUUUUAUAUAAAAUGGAAGACGCCGAAUGCAGCCAAAAUAAUAACUACAGCUCAAUAAAAGAAGACUUGCAAGCUAUUUUAAAACUUGUAAAUGCAUAUGUAAAAGUACACCUUAUUAAGAAUUGUUCCUAUGUCGGGUUUGUGCACUCAAUUGACCCAGUUACUCACAGUAUUAUCCUGUCAGUACCUCAAGAAGAUGCUUAUCAGACAAUUGUAAUUCCUGGCCAUGCAAUACUAAAUGUUACCAAUGAAAGUCCUCCUGAAAAUAUUAAACCACCCAAAAGAAAAGAAAGUCCUACACAUUCAAUAGAUGACUUAAUACGAAGAAAGAAGCGCCUUAUAUCAUGGUUAAAAACCAACUUGUUACCAGUAACAGAGUUAGAUGAUAGAAUAGUAAUAGGAAAUGUUACAUUAUUACAGCCAUAUAAUAUUUCUGAUAUAAGUACAGACAAUCCUAUAGUUGCUAUGCAAAUAAGAAAUGUGAUAGAAAAGAUGCCACAUGAUUAUGAAUCAAAAUGACUGCAUUUUUUAUAUUUAUUCCUGUAAUUAUAACCUUUUUAAGUAAA